GAUUAGAUCCUUAGUAGUUGACUUGUCUGGUGCACGCAAGAAUGAGCUCCGCGACUGUGUCAAUAGAGUGAAGCACUGUGUUACGGAGGCUAGACAAGGGGGUCGCGAUCUUCCUUAUGUGGAAUACUGCCAUGUCCCUCGCAAGCGUUGGAGAGUGACAUACUUGAAGUCAAGAUUCAAGCACAGAAGGGCGAUACGUCAUUACGUUUUUGAGCGUUAUACAUACCGCGUUACAUUUCUAUAUCCAUUCGAUCUAGGUGUUGCCCUGAACACUGUUUUUAGCAGUUUAAUAGGUGGUCUAAGGGCAAGCUGUGCUUUUGCUUGGCAGUUCGGACCUAUACCUAAUGCAGUCCUUCGUCGCCGGGAGGAUGCCAUAGUCCACAAAUUGGAAAGCCGUUUAUCCGAUACAGCGUACACCCAUCCCGAAUAACGCCAUGUGUCUACCUCAAUGGCUCAAAACACUUCGCAUUCCACUGGAGAAACUGACAACAUCGCAGCGUGAGCUUUGUAUCCGCCUUGAUGGAAUACGUGCGAAUCUCGAACGGAAGCCACAGGAAACAGGAUGGUUCACUUUUACCAAGCGCGCUCAAUCGCAACCGGUCACUCGCGGUCUGUAUAUAUACGGCGGCGUUGGCCAGGGCAAGACUAUGUUAAUGGACGCCUUCUAUAGACAGGUGGACUCCACAAAGACCCGACUGCAUUUCCACGAAUUCAUGAUCCGUGUACAGCGCCAUUUGCACGAAAUGAAAGGCACUACCGAUGGUGACAUGAUGGCGUUAGUGGCUCGUCAAGUCGUGGGAGAUGUCAAGCUUCUAUGCCUAGAUGAAUUCUUCGUUAAUCACAUUUCGGAUGCCAUGAUCCUGAAACCUUUGUUUGAGCGACUAUUCAAGAUGGGCAUCGUGGUGAUAUGCACCUCCAACCGGCCGCCAGAUGAUUUAUAUUUGGGUGGACUCAAUAGAGACAGGUUCCUACCGUUCAUACCGCUCCUGAAGACGCAAUGUGAUCUGUUCAACUUGCAAGCUCACGAUUUCAGGCAGCAGGGUAACCAUAUACAGCCGGGCACCGAUAUAGAUCGUGUAUAUUUUGUUAACCCAGAGGACAGUGACGAGCAGGCCUUUUUAGCAUUCAAAAGCUGUAAUUCUAGGCAACCCAUAGAAGCGGAUAGAUUGCUCAAGAUCUCUGAGCUGAGGUCGCUUAAGGUACCGUUCUGCAGUGGCAAGGAGGCAUACUUCAGGUUUAGCACUUUGUGCGGUUCGGGUGAUAGUGUUGACCAAGGGAAAAAAGAGGUAUCCCUGGGAACAGAGGCCUUUGUUGUAUUGGCCAAGACAUUCCGUAGCAUAUGGGUUUCCCAGGUACCGCAAUUUGAUGCUAGCAAUAGUACUGACGGCCGGCUGCGUAGCUUCAUGUUACUUAUAGAUGUGCUCUAUGAACACAACACUAGGUUAGUACUAUCCGCGAAGGUACCCCUGCUAAGGUUGUUUGGCAUGGUCGGCGUGGUCAAAAUUGCGGAAGAGUUCCAACUUAAGCUUACGAAGGUCUAUCUAAGUACAUAUGACUUAUCUGUUAAAUAUGGGCACCAAUUGGAUAGAGAUGGCUUCAAGCAGCUGGGCACUAGCCUCGGGAUAUCAGAUGUACAAGCUGGGUUACUAUUUGACGCCAUGCUACUACCAUCGGCAGAAACAUUGGCGGUGGAGCGCCUCUGGGACAUAUGUGAGAACCACAGGCUUCUAAUGCGUGGCCAAGAGUGCAAAACAACUCAUUUGUACCGCUUCGAUGUAAAGGAUGAGAGUGCACAGGAGAAUGAAUUCAUGUGUUCGAGGGCACUGAGCCGUUUAUUCCACAUGUCGUCGGCUGCCUAUCUCCAGGCGCACCGUACUUUAUCCCGUGAGGACUAAUAUAUACCAUUAAACGUUAUCUAUAUGUUGCCACUAUCAGAGUC